UCAAAGCCUCCCCACCGCUCUGCCCCCCACAGUCUGCAGUCCACAGCGAGCCGAGGCCAGCCUGACCCACGGAGACUGAGCACGGUGCCACCCCCUGACAACCAUGCCGGAAGUUGAGAGAAAACCCAAGAUCACCGCCUCCCGCAAACUCCUGCUGAAGAGCCUGAUGCUGGCCAAGGCCAAGGAGUGCUGGGAGCAGGAACACGAGGAGCGAGAGGCUGAGAAGGCUCGCUACCUGGCCGAGCGCAUCCCCACACUGCAGACCCGAGGCCUGUCCCUCAGCGCCCUGCAGGACCUGUGCCGGGAACUUCACGCCAAGGUGGAGGUAGUGGAUGAGGAGAGAUAUGACAUCGAGGCCAAAUGCCUGCACAACACCAGGGAGAUCAAGGACCUGAAGCUCAAGGUGCUGGAUCUGCGCGGGAAGUUCAAGCGCCCUCCCCUGCGGCGUGUCCGCGUCUCGGCUGAUGCCAUGCUGCGUGCCCUGCUGGGCUCUAAACACAAGGUGUCCAUGGACCUGCGUGCCAACCUCAAGUCCGUGAAGAAGGAGGAUACGGAGAAGGAGCGGCCCGUGGAGGUGGGUGACUGGAGAAAGAACGUCGAGGCCAUGUCUGGGAUGGAGGGCCGGAAGAAAAUGUUUGAUGCCGCCAAGUCCCCAACGUCUCAGUAGAGGCCACUGGCCGAGCUGUGCUCUGGGCUCCCUGCACGCUUCUUCCUCCAGCCCCGCUCACCCGCAUCUCAGCAUCUCCCCCUGCGUUUCAGAGGGUCCUGCUCUGCUCCCCGUCUCCCCUCCAGCCUGAGCGCUCUCCUGCAGGGCUGAGAUAACAGACUCCUGAGGAAGAACAGCAGUGUGCCAAGACCUCGCCUGACGGGAGGGAUCCCUGGGGCUCCUGGCCGCUGUGGGGCAGCCAGGCCCCGGGAGGGGCUGCCCCCUCCACUCAGCAUGUCGUGUGCCUGAGGGCGUCACAGCCUCUCCAUUAAAGCAGUGUCCUGGUUGUUUCUGCA